UUGGACUCUAACAAAAAAGUAGUAACUCUCACUUUGUACUUGUAACUAUCAUUUAUCAUAGUAAGGAUAAUGACAAGUUCUAACUCAGCUGCCACCACUAGGCCAAGUACAUCCAUACAAUCUCAACAAGAGUCUAUCCUUCUAGAACUAGAGAUGAUCUUACAAACAGUUAAACAAAUUGAUGAGAAUUUGAUCAAGUCCAUUAAAUUAUUACAGACAUCUGAAAUUACAUCAUCCACACAAGAAAGUUAUAAACAGUUGGUCCAACUGAAUGUCAAGGCUAUUAACGAUAUCCUUAAACUAGUAGAUCCAUCGUACAUAUAAGUAUAGUAUAAAAUUUCAUACUAAUUACCGUUGUUGGAGGAAUCGCCUAUACAAUUCUGAAACGCGUGUGUGUAUCUGUGUAUAUGUUUUUUCUUUGACGAAUUCAAUUUGUAUUAUAGUAGUUAAGACUGUGAAAAUACAGACAUGUUGGAUUAUAAUCAAUCUAGGCAUAUAGAGGCAUAUCAGGAAUCUAAAUUAAAGUCUAUACGAGAUGGUGAACCAUCGUCUGACUUUGAAGAAGUAGAUGAUGAUGAGUUAUUACAACAGUUGGAAGAUGAAAGUGAUGAUAUAUUAGCUAAGUAUAGAGAAAGUAGAAUUCAACAAUUAUCAGGAGAAUUAAAGAAUAUUAAACAAUCGAUUCAGAAUCGUGGUAAUGAUGAUGAAGAAGAUCUUGGAUAUGUUGAAAACAUUACUAAUGAGAAAAAGAUUAUGGAAAUAGUAUUACAACAUCCAAUAACUAUAGUUCAUUUUUAUCAACCAAAUUUUCAAAAAUGUCAAUUAAUGAAUAAAUAUUUAAAUGUUUUGGCAGAGAAGCAUCUACAAUUAAAGAUAAUAAGAAUUAAAGCUGAAUUAGCUCCAUUUUUAGUUAAUAAAUUACAAAUUAAAAUAUUACCCUUUAUAAUAAUCUAUAAAAAUUCCAUUGAAGUUGAUAGAAUUGUUGGUUUUGAAAAAUUUAAUAAUGCAGUGAAUCCAAGUUAUGAAUCUUUUGAAAAUUACUUAUUAGUAAGAAACAUAAUUAAUCGUAAAAGUAUAAAAUUUGGAUUAUCGAAUGGAAAUAGAUUGAAUAAAUCAAUUAAUGAAAAUGACGAUGACGAUGAUGAUGAUGACUUAGAUAUUUAAUAUCAA